CCGUUCACAAACACGUAUGGAGUGACGAUGUGCCAUUUGAAGUCGAGGCUGACAAUGAACGCCGAGGGAACGUGACCGAGUUUGUCCAGGCUGUAGUGCCUGAUAACCGGGAGGAACCGGCGGUGUCUCCGGUUUGCAAAAACCAUGACAGUCGUCACAGUGAUGCUCCACCGAAACUUCCGGGAAGAAUCGCCAAAGGGAAAAGCCGUGGGUCUACGCAGCCAGAAACCCUUCGAGAAACUUCGGCCGAAAUACCGCCAAAAUAUUGCAGUGCCACCACUCCUGGACAAGCCAGUCCAGCUCUACCGAGCCCACAAGAGAAACCGCGAUCUCAUGCUGUUCCGUUCGUCACCCGGUCUGCGGCACCGCGGCGCACUCUCCUCAGGGUUCCGGCGUCCUCUCGACCGCGAGCUCCUGCUCAUCAAUCUUGUCCUCCUCCUUGUUUCGGUUUUGCAAGUCCGCCAGCUGGUUAUCCGUUGGAUUAUGACUGGAACCGCUUUGGCAACGAGGUUCAUCCAUACCGUCAUCGUGGUCCGACACCACCGCGUGGUGCUCGUGCGGGACGACGGGUUCGUGUGCCGAGAUAUCGUGGGCACGGACCACAAGGAUUAUAAUCCGUCUGAGACGCAUGCGAAUUUUAGUUUUUGCGCGGCAGAAUUGUGAAUGUUUUUGUAUGUUGGCCAUUACGUAUUGAAAUCACCCAAAUAAGUAAUGGUUCCACUCGGCUAGGUGGUACAGUACGGUAUAUAUUUUACUACUGUAAUCUAUCCGGUACUUUGUUUUGUAACACGAUUCGCGGUUGCGCGGCCAUAAAAUACAAGAGCUCCUGGUUAAUUAACAUACCCUAAAUAGUUUGACCUUGACCCGGAUAUUAUCAGUUAAUUAAUCGAAGCACGGUCGCGAAUUCCUAUAAACCACUCGCAACGCGAUCACGUAUGGUAUGCGCUCGUUUUUAUAAAGCGUCUGGAAGCGAUGCAGUGUCAGCCUUUACUGAAUGACUUCAUGAAGAUUUCACUCGUUGGCAAAAGUUUAAACUUUAUCAUUUUCUUCCAUCAAAUCAACAGUUUUUCUUCUCCGCUUUCGAUACGUGUGCAGCCAUGUCGUUCCAAGGUCGCGAAUCCCUGCUUAUCCUAAAGUAUAAAUUCUGCACGGAUGCCUUUAUUGUGAGUGAGGAGACCACUACCAGUACCGGUAUCAAUGGUGCGAUACGCACCUGCGACCCAUCGCUCCGGUAUACAUCCCCGGAGUUUACCGUGGAACGCCAGCCCGGCUAUCCGGAGAUUCCCGAAUCUCACUGGAAGCUCAGCCUCUACGUCUGCCGGGAAAACGCCACUGUCGAUUACGAACUGGAAAACACCGAUUUCUCCGAGAGUCCGCAUGGCGUCUUUGUACAAUAUCUUCUUAGCUCAAGCUCAACACCAUUCACCAUCAGGCUGCCGCCAGCAGGCGCACAACCAGCCGAAUAUCUCAAUACAGACUCCGAGUGGCCGUUUCUCAGCGAUAUGGUGCAAACCGAUCUCACGCGGAAAAUCGGUGGCUCUUCGAAACGUCUGCAGUCGGGACGGAUGGUGUACCUCACCAUGGCCUUUCAGAUCCAUCGCGAUUCGGCCACUCCGAAAAGCCUCCUGGAUGCCGGCAAGCUCACCGACUGCACGCUGCUCUCCAGCGAUGGACGGACCUUCCCGGCGCAUCGCGCUAUCCUGGCGGCCGCUUCACCCGUCUUCCUGGAAUUGUUUGACAAGGAGCAGGAGCAUCCGCCUAGCUGUUAUCUGAUAGACCUCAGCGCGGAUCUUUUGGAGGCCUUGGUGCAGUACCUGUACGAUCGGAUGCCGAUGCGGCUGGCCGGACGAUUGGUGGAAUUCUGGAUGGUGGCGGAACUGUUCGAGAUGCCGGCGUUGCAGUGUGCUUGUCAGGAAAUGAUGCUAGCGGAUGUGAAAAAAGACAACGCGAUGGAGUACUUUGAUUUUGCACGGGAACACGGACUGGGUGAACUGCAACGGCAGGCGGCUGAGUGCAUUGGUAGUAACUUGUAAAGAUGCUGACAGUAUGAUCGCAGUGUGGUAACCUCGCCAAUAUCCAAUAUGUACUGUCAAUUCCGCUUAGUGCAGUUUUUCACGGGUGUUUUGUUUCUCAGUGAAAUGUGAAGUAACCCUUUUGUGGUACUUCUUUGCUUGUUUUGCAAACUUUCUCGGUUUCUAUACUUAAUACGUCAUUGAAUAACAAAAAGGAACCAUCUCAAGCAAUAAGUACUAAGUGAAAAAUUACUUACUACGUAGAAUCUUUGUCUUUGCGUACUAUGCCUGCUACCUAGUACCUACUUAAAAUUAAUUUUAUCUCCAGGUCGCUUAUUGUUGUGAGUAUAAAAA